GGGGCCGGGCGGGGCGGGGCGAGCCCCGCGGCGUGGCGGCGCGGUGCCCCCCGCCAUCGGCGGCCCAGCGCGGCCCGCGGCCCCGCCAUGCCGCCCGCCCGCGCCGACUACCUGGUGCCCUGGUGGGUGGGCUGGCUGCACGGGCUGCCGCACCGCGGCCUGCACCUCCAGCCCGUGCCCGCCGCCUUCCGACCGCGGGACCCCGACUACCAGCAGUCGCUGCUUUUCCUGGGCUUGGUGGCCGCUGUCUGCCUCGGCCUCAACCUCCUCUUCCUCACCGUCUACCUGAUCUGCCUGUGCUGCUGCAAAAGGGACCAGGAGCCCGAAACCAAGCGGCCCCACUCCUGCUGUGUCACCUGGAUGGCUGUCACCGCUGGGCUCAUCUGCUGUGCGGCCGUUGGCAUCGGCUUCUACGGGAACAGCGAGACCAACGAUGGGGUGUACCAGCUGCUCUACGCCCUGGACCAUGCCAACCACACCCUGACCAGCAUUGACUCACUGGUGGCAGUCACCACGCUGCAGAUGCAGGUGGGCCUGGAGCAGCACCUGGCACGGCUGAAUGAGCUCCUGGCCUCGCGGGGGGACUACCUGCAGACCCUUAAGUUCAUGCAGCAGUUGGCCGGCAGCAUCGUCCUGCAGCUCUCGGGGCUGCCCGUCUGGCAGGGCACCAGCACGGACCUCACCGCACUGGCCGGCCACAUCGCCUACGUUGAGUAUUACCGGUGGUUGGCUUAUCUCCUCUUCUUCAUCCUCGUCCUCACCGUCUGCCUCCUGGCCUGCCUGGGGCUGGCCAAGCGCUCCCGCUGCCUCCUCACCACGAUGCUGUGUUGCGGGCUGCUGACGCUGAUCCUCAGCUGGGCCUCCAUGGCCGUGGACACGGCGGCAGCAGUGGGCACCAGUGACUUCUGCGUGGCCCCAGACAAGUUCAUCAUAAACCAGACAGAGAGCGACAUCAGCAUGGUGGUGGUGCACUAUUACCUGUACUGCGACCAGAGCCUGAGCAACCCCUUCCAGCAGGCUCUCACCGUCUUCCAGCGCUCACUCACCACCAUGCAGAUCCAGAUCCAGGGCCUGAUACAGUUUGCGCUGCCCCUCUUCCCAACAGCAGAGAAAGACCUGCUGGGGGUCCAGCAGCUCCUCAACUCCUCAGAGACCAGCCUGCACCAGCUCACGGCCAUGUUGGACUGCCGGGGGCUGCACAAGGACUACCUCGACGCCCUCAUUGGCAUCUGCUACGACGGGGUAGAGGGUUUGCUCUACCUGGUCCUCUUCUCCCUGCUGGUGGCCGCCUCCUUCUCCACCAUCAUCUGUGCCACGCCACGUGCCUGGAAGCACAUAACUGGCAGGGACCGGGACUACGACGACAUGGAUGAGGAAGACCCCUUCAACCCACAGGCGCGUCGCAUCGCCACCCACAACCCGGCCCGGGGGCAGCUCCGCAGCUUCUGCAGCUACAGCAGCAGCCUGGGCAGCCAGAGCAGCCUGCACCCCCCGGCACAGACCAUCUCCAACGCCCCCGUCUCCGAGUACAUGAACCAAGCUGUGCUCUUCGGUGGAAACCCGCGCUAUGAGAACGUCCCCCUCAUCGGCAGAGGUUCUCCCCCACCCACGUACUCCCCGAGCAUGCGAGCCACCUACCUGUCCGUCACCGAUGAGCACAUCAGGCACCCCAGCACUGAGUUCCCAGCCUAACGCAUUUGCCCCGGGCAGCUCACAGGAGGAGAAAAUGCCACCGGUGUUUCUGUAAUGGGAGACCAAAGACACCUGGUAAAGACACGGCGGGAAGCCCGGCAGCAGCUGGAGGAUGAGCUCCGUGACCCCUGUGUGCUCUGCGCACCCUCCUCUCCCCCUCGGUAGCUUCUGCUCGGUCUCAAGUCUUCCUGCCGCAGGGCUGACAGCAACUGCGGGGCCGAGCGCUGGCUCCUGGUGUUCCGGGAAGAGCGGAGAUGCUUCACGCCCCCGCGGCAGCUUCUCCUUUCCCUCCCCACUGCACCAGCCUGGGGAUGUUUUACGCCAUGGAAGGAAGCCUUCUCCAGCUCCCUCUGCCUGGAGCACAAAGCCUGGGACCACGAGCUGCCUCCAGCCCCUCAGGGAGGGGUCCCAGCAGUGGCUCCUUCGCUCCCAUAGCAAUGCAGCACCAACCACUAGUGAUCCCAGCCCCUACCCAAUGCCCGUGGGCAGCUUUGCCACCCCUGUCAGCACCACUGGCUGCUUCCCUCUGCCAUGCUCCCCGUGCCCCGCGCCCUGCUCACCACAUCAGCUGGAGCUGCCCUGGCCCCGGGUUCAGAGGCUGUAGAAUUAGGGAUGUUUUGACCUUGCUGGUUUUCCUUUUGCUUUGCCCCUGAGUUUAUGAAUUCUCUGCAGGGCAGAGGCACGGUUCAACUCGCUGCCUCUGUUCCAGUGUGGUUUUACUGCAGUGCAUGUUGGUAGCAGGUUUUUGGCUGGGUUUUUAGGCUCAUCUUGGUGAUUCGCCUCCCCAGGGUGGGCAGGCUGGCAGCAUGGGCUGGGGCAGGCUCCCCUCCUUCUGCAGGACAGCCCUGGGGUAACCACGAAUCCCCUGGGAAAAGAGGGUCAGGGACUACUCAGGCAUUGCUGGGGCAGGAUGCGGUCCUGGGGAGGGGAUGGCAUGGUCCUGCCACCCUGGCUGGCUUGCCCAGCAUCACUAGGCUUCAGGCUGAGCAGCUCUGGGGGCCAAGGAGCCGGGGGAACAGCAUGGGCUGAACUGGCCCAUUUCAGCACAGGCAGCCCCGGGAACCUCGGGAGGAUGCAAGCAAAGGCCCCUUCCCCACAGCAGCACCUGCUGUGUGUGGGCAGGGAGAGCCCCCACUCCAUCCCACCAACUGGGGGUGGACCUGGAUCUCCCAGCCCGAAGGGUGCAGACAGGGGAUGGGUGUUUUCCUGCCCCCUCACCCCUCUGGUCCCUCUCCCUCCACCCAGGGUGAGUUCAGCUCUCGGAACCACGUUUGGCACCACGGCGGUGGCUGAGCCAGGGCUGCGUUAGCUCCAGGGCUCUUCCUCACUGCAGAGGGUACUGCCGUGCCGUGCCGGGGAGGGCAAAGGCUUGCCCUGGCUGAUUGCAAUUAGCAGCUGCCUCCUCUGCUGCUGCUGGUGGUGAUCUGUCCCUUCCUCCCUGCUUUGGCUAACAGUGCUGCAGCCAGGCAGACCCCCGUGGUGGCCGGGCUGUCCCCCUCAGGCAAGCUAGGGGGUCUUACUUGAUAACAGUGACUCACUGUGUCUUUUAAAGGUAACUUGUACAUACCCUUGGGUCCCCUAACACCAUCUGUCCGUGUUACCUGUGACUAGCAUUACUUGCUGUUGGAAACUUCCAGGGGAUUUUUUUUUUUUUUUUUUUUUUUUGCUUUUAAUGUUUCGGUGUAACGGUACUGGUAGAAGAGCUGUUUUUAAACGCAUGUGAACUAACCUCAUUAGGACUUUGUCUAGGAGCUGGAGUCCGGCCUGAUUUGUAUGUGCCCUCUGGGGAAAAGACAAUAAACACUUGUACUAAAGCU